AUGAAGAUCAUAAACUUGUUCAUAGUGUUGAAGCCAGUUUGUUUAUUCAUUAUCCUGAUGUUAAUGGUGCUGUUGCUGCCUGGUUUGAUAAUUCCCUUCUGGACCAGGAUUUCAAGAAUUGAAAAUGAAGUGAAUUUAAUUCCCUACAACAUCAAUCUACAACUACUAUCCGUAUUAGUUGAAAACACAGCCUCAUUGUUUGAUUCAAUCAAUGCAUCAUCUCUCAAUUUAGCACGAUCUUUAAGCUCAUCGUUGGAACAAGAUGAACUUCAAUUCUCAAAGAUUGAAUCCAAGGUGGCGUCUACAUUAUUUCUAGCAUUAUCAACAAUUCCAAACCUGUCACAGGUUUCAUUUAUCUCGUUAAAUGGUUUGUUCUUCGGGUACUAUACGAGAGGCGAUCAACUAUUUGCUAUGUUUUCCAACUCUACAUUUUCUUCCACCCGAAAUGAUACAACAAAGUAUAGUUGGUAUACGCAGGCUGCAAGUCGUGAGACCGGAAAAUUAUAUGGGGAAUCAAUAAAGUUACCCCCUUCCGAUUUAGUUAAUUCAAGUUGGUAUCAAGAAGCAUUGAAUGGUACAAAUGGAUAUGCUUCCACAGGAUCCCAAUGGGAAAUUUCUAGAGAUUCUCUAUUUCUCAGUACGACGAGUGUGAAUGGAAAAGGGAUAGUGUCUUUAGGAUUUUCUGUGAAAUCAUUGGUUAAUUUCUUCACCGGCAUAGCCUUCAAUAAUGGAACCUUAUAUUUUGGAACAAAAGAUGGGAAUGUACUCGCUGGAGAGAUUCCAAACACUCGCGUGAUAUUGAAUGGAAAUCAAGUUUCAAUUCAAUUACUAAGCACUAAUGGUGAUCAAGUUGUAACUAUUGGAAUUGUCAAGUGUCGGGCCAAUGAUGGUACAUUUCGAGCCUCCACAUUAAGCAUAUGGGAAAAGAAGUAUGUGAUUAACUGUUCACCAGUUGAAAUUGCUGGACUGGAAUUGGUAUAUGUGCUGGCUUUACCAGAAAACUCUGCAGCGCGUGUCAUUCACAAGAACAUAAAAUUUGCCUUUGUGCUACUCAUGCUCAUCUUCGUUGAUGUGGCCAUCAUCAUAUUCACUUUUGUUUCAUUGAAUGUUCGAGCUGCAAUACGAGAGAUGGAGUUAUGUAUUGCGCUGAUAAGGCAAAAGGGAUCGACUGAACAAGCUGAAAGGAAGAAUGUAAAUAAGAGUCUUGCAUUGGCUAGUGCUAGCCACGAUAUACGUGCAUCUUUAGCCGGCCUUACUGGUUUGAUAGAAAUAUGUAACUAUCAAGUUGUACCGGGAUCAGAAUUGCAAACAAAUUUGAUACACGUCGAAGCUUGUGCAAAGGACCUCUUAGGUAUAUUGAAUUCCAUUCUCGAUGCAAGUAAGAUUGAAGCUGGUAAAAUGCAGCUUGAAGAAGAAGAAUUUAACUUGGAACAACUUCUAGAAGAUGUAGUUGAUUUGUAUUAUCCUGUUGGUAUGAAGAAGGGGGUAGAUGUGGUUUUGGAUCCCAAUGAUGGCUUUGUUACUAAGAAUUUUUCUCGUGUAAAAGGUGAUCGUGGAAGAUUGAAGCAGAUUUUGUGCAACUUAUUAAGUAAUGCUGUCAAAUAUACUUCAGAUGGGCAUGUAACAGUUCGUGCUUGGGCAAGGAAACCGAGUUUCAAGAAUGAAAUACUUGCUUCUAAUCACAAUAACUGGAUGAGCAGCAUAUUGUGCUUGUUUUUUCUUACUGAAAAAUCGCACAGUGAGUCGGGAGUGGUGAAUACUAUACAACAAGAUCCAAAUUGUAAGGAAUAUAUAUUUGAGGUGAAUGAUACAGGGAGGGGGAUUCCAAAAGAGAAGCAAAAAUCUGUUUUUGAAAACUAUAUUCAAGUCAAAGAUACAGCUCUUGGACAAGAAGGAACUGGUUUAGGACUUGGCAUUGUUCAGUCUUUGGUUCGUCUAAUGGGAGGUGAAAUCGGGAUUGUGGACAAGGAAACUGGGGAAAGGGGUACUUGUUUUAGGUUCAACGCCUUCUUCAGCACUUGUACUGAGAUGGGCAUGUCUGGUAAUGCACAAGACGAAGACAUUGAAGUUCAAGGUAGUUCCAUAUCGAGUCAUCAGUAUUCGGGGUCCAUUAAUCGAAUUAAUAGCCCCAAGGCAGAAGUAUCUCAAGUCGUAAUAUUUAUCCAGAGCAACGAAAGGAGUAAAAUCAUACAGAAAUUCAUGGCACGACAGGGGAUAAAAGCUUAUGCGGUCAAUCACCACGAACAACUUUCUGAGACUCUCAAGAGAAUCAAACAAAAACUAAACUUUUCCCACCAAUGUUCUUCAGGCGCUGGGCAAUUUCGUGAUAUCAGUAGGGCUGUGGCUGAAUUCAGAAGAGACCUAAGCAACAGCUGUUGUAGUAGGGUGGUUUGGUUAGAUAAACCAGGCACCAAUUGCAUAAAUUUUCAGGGCCUUGACGAGGAUAAGCUACCUGCAAUGGAUUUAAUCAUAUCAAAGCCACUGCAUGGCUCCCGUUUAAAACAAACUAUAGGACUUUUACCGGAGUUUGGUGGCACAAUACAGGACAUGCCACUGAGAAGAGGAGAGAACACAUACAAUUCUGAUAAGUUUCUACCCGAACACAGCUCUUCAGCUGCAGCCAAUAAGACUCACACGAGGCAAAUUGCUGGAAAAUCGUCCUCAGAAAAUACUCCUAGCCGGAAGGGCGAGGAACUUGUUGUCCCAAGAAAAUUGUAUCCAGGUCCAAGACUAUCACCUGAGUUUGCACGAAGAAGAGGGGAAAAUGCAUACAAUGCCAAAAAUAUUCAGCCUGGACAAAUUCAUUAUGAAUCCCGAAAUUCAGCAGUAGCUGAUAUGAGUCAGAAUAGGGCUAUGACAAAGAAAUUAUCUGGAGAGUGUCUUCCAUUACAAAAGGGCGAGGACACGAGCAGUAAAAAGCCAUUGACAGGGAAAAAAAUCUUGGUGGCAGAUGAUGAUUCCAUUGGGCGCAAAAUAGCAACAUCUUUUGCUUCCCAGCUUGGUGCAAACACAUUUUCAUGCAUAAAUGGGGAACAAGCUCUUGAAGCAGUAUACAAGGGUCUCAAGGAUCAACACAUAACUGGAGCUUCCAAGAUUUCACUACCUUUUGAUUAUAUCCUGAUGGAUUGUGAGAUGCCAUUGAUGAACGGGAUAGAAGCAACACGGCGCAUCAGAGAAGUAGAAGGAAAUUAUGGCGUUCACACACAAAUCAUUGCACUAACUGCACAUGAAAGAGGUGAAAUAGAGAUAAAUAUGAUGGUCGAGGCUGGAGUAGAUGCUUUUUUAACCAAACCGCUCAACAAAGAAAAUCUUUUGAAACUCUUGUAUUCUCCUUAG